GGGGGUGGUAUUGGAUGAUAGAGAGAGAGAGAGGAGAGGGGGGGUUAAACAUCUUUGUAUGCAAAUGAUUCCCCCGGCAGACCACGCUUCUCGCCAUUGUCACGGAGCAGCGCGAUGUGGUUGUGGUUGCGCACGAAGCACUCCAUCGGUGCGGCGACAAUCGCACGCCAUUUCCCGGAGUCAACUCCCCCCCCCACCCCACCACCACUUGACUCGAGCGAGAACCCGCCCACAUCUGUACGACCUCCCCUUUGCUCUUCUUACCUAGGGAUCCGCGCAGGGCCCGUUCGCAGUCACAGCCGACGCACGACACGCGGCGUGGUCGAUCCGGGCGGACGUCGACCGCCCGCGCCCCCCUCUCCCCCCCUCUCCACCGCCGCCGCCGCCGCCGCCAACGCCCGCCGCAAACCUGCAGCUACAAGCGACUGCUGUUGUGGCCGCUGCUCUCCGCUGCUGUUGUCCGCUGCUGUUGCUGCCAAAGAAUCGGGUUGGGCGAGUAGUCGGACGCGCGGAGAGACGCAGCCGAAAUGAUGCCACUGCCACUGCUGCCGCUGCUGCAUGUCACGAGCACAUUGCUCGCGUUCGACAUCGCGUUAGUAAACGCGUCUGCGCCGGGGCUAAUUCGAGUUUUAUAGGCGGCUCUUUGCCCACGAACAGGCGUCAAGGGGCACUUGCUUAAAACCCCGUGUAUUUAGAAUAGCACUUAUUUAUACUCGUUAUAAAGAACGGCAACAGCAACUGCAAAUCAAUGCAUCAUUGCGACAACGCCAAUAUCAACAUCUGCAAAAACGUGACGACAGUCAUUCUUACAACUAACAUCAUCAUCGCCGCUGUCUAAUUAUUGUGAUGACAGUAAUAAUUGUAGCAACAAUAUAACGACAACAAUAGCAACAACAAAAACAUUACCGCACCCAAACAAGCCGCUUAUCAAACAUUCGCCCAAGCUCUCCGUUCCUGUGCCGGGGCGACUCUGGGACAGCUUUGCCUCCUGGAUCCGUGUUUGUUGUGGUCGUUGUUGUCAAUUUAGUCUCCAGCCGGUGACGAAAUCUUGAACAAAACAACAACAACAACAACCAAAAGCAACACGUUCAUACACACGCCAAACCAUGUCGGCGACAAUUACCAAGACGAGUUUUUCCGUACGGGACAUCUUGGAUUUACCCGACUCGAAGGAGGAAGACAGCGCAACCGAGGACAGCGCCACCGAGGGCGAGGCGGAGUCGUGCAUCGUCGAUCCUCGCGGAGAGCCGCGCUGCCCACCGGCACCGGGCCCGGCACUUGCGCUGGCCAGGCCGUACUUCGAUGCGGGAGAGAACCCCUACACCCGCUGGCUAGCCACCGCCGAGGGACUUCAGUACUCGCUACACGGGCUGAACGCGGCGAGCGCACGGAGUCAUCAGCACCCGUCCGUAAAGACGCACUCAUCCCCGGACCCGCAUGACGGAGCGAGCACGGACGCCUCCAACUGCAGCAGCAGCGCCGGCGGAAUGAGUGGCGGCGGAGGAGGAGGAGGCGGAGUGAUAGGCGACUUGGGAGGCGGCGGCAGCAGCAGCAGCAGCAAGAAACGCAAGAGACGAGUGCUGUUCAGCAAGGCGCAGACCUACGAGCUGGAGCGACGCUUCCGACAGCAGCGCUACCUGUCGGCGCCCGAGCGGGAACACCUGGCCAGUCUCAUCCGCUUGACUCCCACGCAGGUGAAGAUCUGGUUCCAGAACCACCGCUACAAGAUGAAGCGCGCUCGAGCCGAGAAAGGUUGCGGCGUGGCUGGCGGCGUGGGUGGCCUUUUGCUGCACCCGGACGGAUCGUCGAGCGGCGGCGGCGGCGGCGGCGUUGGCGGCGGCGCUCUGCAGUCUCCGCGCCGGGUCGCUGUGCCCGUGUUGGUGCGCGAUGGGAAGCCGUGCACAGCUGCGGGUCUGGCCGCGUACGCGUGCGCGGCCGCGCAGCCCGCGGUCCAUCUGUCUCGCUUCGGCGCGGCGCAGUACGGGGCGGCCGCGUACCCAGCCUACGCGGCCGCGUUCCCUACGCUCAUACAGACCCAGCAGUGGGCGUGGUGAAGCGUGCGUGCUGAUGAUGGUGUUGGUGGUGAUGCUGCUGCUGAUGAUGAUGCCGAUGCUGCUGAACACUUCGCCGCCUGCCACCCCUGAUGGCGGUGAGGAAAACUGUGAUUCGACGAAGAGGAAGGAGGUGGUGGUGGUGAUGGAUGAUGAGGUUUGGGAGGAGGACAGUGAGAAAUGUAUCUAUAUAUCUAUAUAUAAUGAUGAUUAUUAUAAUUAUAAUAAUGAUAGCGAUUACGCAAAAAAUGUAACUGUAAAGAAAAACCGUGGACACUGCUUUGCAAGGAAUGGGCCGGCAAAACCCCUUUGCGAGAGACUGCAACAUUGACACGUGUCUCUGUCUCUGUAGAUUUGUGAGUGUGUACGAUGUUUACAGAUUUGUAAAGAACUCUUUCGAUAUGCCAACCAACCAACAAACAAACGAUCACACCAGGAUAUAUAUUUAAAAAACGGCAAUUAUAAAACUGUGAGAUAGGAAAUUACGCACUCGUAAAAAAAAUCAGAUAUCGCAGUCCCUAUAGGUCGUGCAAAACGUGUUAGCUCUCUCUCCUGUGUGUCGUCUGUGUAACCGUCCGAUUGAAUUCGUAAUUGACAUUGUACAAGAUGCAAAAAUAGUAACGUUUCGCGUUCUUUUUUCAUACAUACACACACACACAAAGACACUUAAGUUAUGAUAUCUUUAAGAGCUUGUUUAUGUUGUGUGCAGGUUGGCGAGUUGCGUGUUUUGAAUUCGCGGUUUUGAAACGAGUCCAAUAACCAACAAACGACGUUAACAACAAUAAGACAUUUGCGAGACAAGCUAACAUUUGUUCGACGACUUGAAGAAUAUUGUUUCUCCCUUUAUUUUUUACGGAAAAAAAAAACAAAGCAAGGGUUCAAUAAACACUUUACAAUAAACACUUUACAAUAAACACUUUACAAUAAACACUUUACAAUAAACAGAAAGAGAGAGAG